AUGUCUGACGACUUUAGCACCAAAAAUUGGGUGUGGGUUCCGGAUAAGGACGAGCUUUUUGUUCGUGGCUACAUCACAGAAUACCUAAAGAAUGAUCUUUGCAAAGUGACGGUGAAGAGAAACGGUGCAGAGACCGUCAAGGAGCUUCCACUGAAGGUGUUGGAGAACUGCAAUCCUCCUAAAUUCAACAAAUGUGAAGACAUGGCCGAGUUGACUCAUUUGAAUGAGCCCUCUGUUAUUUACAAUCUUUUUCUUCGCUACAAUGAUGACUUGAUUUAUACCUACUCUGGUUUAUUUUUGGUCGCUAUCAACCCUUAUAAGAAACUUCCCAUUUAUGAACAAAGUGUAUUGAACAAGUUCCACAAGCUGCAAGAGAAGUCAGGAAAACAGGAUGAUCGUUUGCCCCCACAUAUCUUUGCCAUUGCAGAGAGCACUUACAGGAACUUGUUGGAAAAUGGAAAAGAUCAACUGAUCUUGGUUACUGGUGAGAGUGGUGCUGGUAAGACUGAAAACACCAAGAAAGUCAUCCAGUAUCUUUCACUGAUAUCGACUGAUGAUCUGUCCGACCAUGCCAAUGAUAUUCACAACAAGAUUCUACGAGCCAAUCCCAUUCUAGAGAGCUUCGGUAAUGCAAAGACGAUCAAGAAUAAUAACUCCUCCAGAUUCGGUAAAUUCAUCAAGAUCUUUUUCGAUACAGCAGGUAUUAUAUCAGGUGCUACUAUCGACUACUAUCUCUUGGAGAAGCUGAGAGUGCUGCACCAGUCCCUUGAUGAAAGGAACUAUCAUGCAUUCUAUCAACUUCUUCGAGGCGAAUCGCCUGAAAAUCUCAAAUCCAAGUACUCUUUGGAGCCAUCGAUCAAGAACUACAACUACAUCAGCCUGUCGGUUGCAACGAUACCCAAUGUGGAUGAUUCCCGCGAAUAUGGUUUAUUGAAUGAGGCUUUCAAUGUAAUGGGUUUUGAACAAUCUGAAAUUGAAAGUAUCUUUAUGGCUCUUUCCAUCAUUUUGCAUCUCGGUAACAUAGAGUUCUCCUCAUGGAAAUCAGAACAGGCAAGUUUCUCAAAGGACUCAAAUAUCGAACUUAUUGCUAAGAUGCUUGGAGUUAAUUCAAGCGACUUAUCAUCCAAUCUCCUUCGGCCUAAAGUGAAGGCAGGCAGAGAAUUCGUCCAGAAACUGCGUAAAGCCGCCGAAGUUAAGCAAACCAUCGAUGCGUUCGCGAAGCAUCUUUACGAGAAAGUCUUCCAAUUCAUCAUUCUUCGUAUCAAUGAAAGCUUAGGCGAUUAUAAUACUGACAGGUUUAUUGGAGUUUUGGAUAUCGCUGGUUUUGAGAUUUUUGAGGCUAACUCCUUUGAGCAAUUGUGUAUCAAUUACACCAAUGAAAAGUUGCAACAAUUCUUCAAUCACCAUUCGUUCAUUCUUGAACAGAGCGAAUAUUUGCGUGAAGAUAUCCAGUGGGAAUUCAUUGAUUUUGGGCUUGAUUUGCAGCCAACAAUUGACCUCAUUGAAACCAAGCAACCUAUGGGUAUUUUAGAAAUCUUGGACGAUCAAUGCAUUAUGCCUAAAGCAAGUGAUGAGACCUUCAUUAAUAAGCUUUUGGAACUGUGGGCAGAUGGCAAGUCGAAGAGCUUUAAGGCAAACAAGGUCCGAAAUGGAUUUGUGAUAGAUCAUUACGCGGGACUAGUGGACUAUAACGUGGAGAAUUGGAUUCAAAAGAAUACCGAUCCAGUUAGUGAAAACAUUAUCCAGCUUCUUCCAGAUUCAUCCAAUGAGUUUAUUCAACGUUUAUUUCAAAACCUCAAUGAGAGCAGUCCCUCUGGAAGUAUGUCACCCAAGAAGAAAGGAUCUAAGCUCAAAACUGUCUCCCAGAAACACAAAGAGCAGCUCGGCGUGCUCAUGGAUCAGCUCAAUAGCACAGAGCCUCAUUUCGUCAGAUGCAUAUUACCCAAUCAUUCUAAGCGUCCUAACAAAUUUGACAAGGAACUCGUUCUCAACCAGCUUAGAUGCAAUGGUGUUUUAGAGGGAAUUAGAAUUGCCAGAGCUGGAUACCCGAACAAAAUGACGUUCGAAGAAUUCUUUGGACGAUACUCUAUCUUGAAUGACAAUGAGAUUGUUUUCACGAAGAACAUGAAGACGAACAGUGAGCUCAUCCUCAAAGACAUCAAGCUCGAUCCAGAAGUCUACAAGCUUGGUAUUACGAAGAUAUUUUUCAAGAAUGGCAUUUUAGGAAAACUUGAGGAACUACGCGAUUUACGACUUAAGAAGAUCAUCACCAACUUCCAAAGUGCUUUUAGAGGGCAGACGGCAAGAAAGAGCUUUAGGAGCCAAAUUGCGUCUAUUCAAGCUUCCCAGGUUGUUGCAAGGAAUUUCCAAAAGCUUGAUGAACUUGUCAACGAGAGCAAAAGUCCUUGGCUCAAGUUGUUCAUCAAUUUAAAGCCCCUUCUCGAAGAUUCUGUCAAGGUUCUUGAUUCGAAGGAGAUGAACGAGAGCUUGAAGCAGAUGAAUGCUAAGUUGAAAGACACGGAGAGUGCGAGAACUACUCUUGAAUCAGAGAACGAAAGACUUAAGCUGCAACUCACGGGCCUUGAGGACGAGAUAAUCAAGAACAACCUUGUUAUUUCCGAGAAGGGUGACUUGUUAAAGAAGCUUCAAUCCGAAGAAUCAUCAAGAAACGACAAAUUGAACGAGACAAGCAGACAACUUAAAGAAGUGAUGGCAACGAGCAGUAAGCUUGCAACUGAAAGAGCAGAGAUAACACUGGAGUUGGAUUCGAUCAAAAAGAAACUCGAGGAUCUGGAGCAGAAAGUCAUCAGUUUGAAGUCACAAUUGGACGAAGAGAAAGAUAGAGCUAUUGACUUGAAGAAGAAGUUGGAAGAAUCAGAGGAAGCCAAGACCAAGUUGAGAGAAAACGAUGAAGUGUCUAAUAGUUUGAGAAAGAGGGUAGAGUCCCUUGAAGCUGAUAUCCUUAAGCUUACUUCUGAAAAGGAGAAGUUCCAAUCGAGUCAGGAGCGACUGAUUUCCGAACUCGAUGAGCUCAGAACUAGCCGUGCUACCCAUGAGAGGAAGGUGUCUGAUUUAGAGGCAAUGAAAACCUCACUUGAAAAGAAGCUCACACUGGUUGAAAGCGCUUACGAUAUGAAGCGGAGCACUCUUACUAGCAAGCAUACGGAAGAAUUGAGCAAUUUGCAGGUCAAAUACGACGAGUCUCAAAGAAAGAUAGGAGAUUUACAGGAGGAACUCAUCAAACAGCGGAGCGAGAUCAAAUCCCACAUCAGUGAGAAGAAUGAAUUAUCCAAGAAGGUCCGUGACUUGGAGAGCGAGCUCGACGGUCUUGAUACCUGGAGGCAGAACUUGGAGGCAGAGAAGAAGAAGAACAGCAAGAUCCAAGCGGAACUCGAAAAUGCCAAGGAUGAGCUAGCUAGGCAACAUCAAAAAGCUAGGACGCACGCUGACUCGCUUGAAAGUAUGCGCCACGAAUCACAGUAUUUGUUAAGAGCUAAGGCUGACUACUCUGAUGAAAUUGUUCGACUUAAGGAGAAGAUCAAACUGUUAAAUUCGAAGCUUCAGGACAAGGAGAAUUUGCCGCCUUCUAAUGGCAAAUCAAUCGACCCGUCCCUUGCAGACGAGUUUGCGCAAGUGAAGCUCAAGUUGAAUGAGUCAAAUGCUAUGAUACGAAAGGAGAAGUUUGAGAACCAAAAGCUCAAUGAAGAAGUUAAGGCUUUACGUGAGAAGGUUAACGAUACUUUCGAAAGUCCUCUGAAGCGUAGCGAGCUUCGAAGGUCUAUGGCAAUGGGAGAAGACUUGAAGACUAUCGACGAGAUUAAGAAUUUGAGGAUGCGUUUACAACAAGAAGAAGCCAAUGUUACCAGGGCAGAAAAUUAUGCCAUUGAACUUCAGAAGAAGCUAAACAAGCUUCAGAUGUCGAGGGGUAUCAAUAAUGCGUCAGACGUGGAGACGAAAUACAAGGAGUCACAGAGACGUAUUGUUGAAUUAGAGAAGCAGGUUGGACAAGCAAUGCUGAUGAGCAACAACUCAAACCAUUCUUCACAUUCCUCCCCGCUGAUGCAUUCCGAGACGAGCCCUUCUUUAACUCCUAGCAGCAGUAUUGGAACAAUCAGCAGUCUUACAAAUAGCGGUGACUUUGCUAAGAUUUAUAAGGAUAUUGUUGGAACUUUGAGGACUACUAGAGAUGAACUAAGCAAAUCCAAGAGCGAGAUUCUCCGUCUCAAGUCCUUGCUUCGGGAAAGUGAGGAUGAAUUGUACGAAGUGAAGAGAAGUGGUGUGAGAACUGCUAUCCUGGACUACGAACUGGACAUUGCCAAACUUAACGUUCAAAACAAUUCUUUGAACAAACGCCACGAGGAGCUUCAGCAAUCUCUAUUAAAAUAUAAAAGCCGAAGCGAAGAAUACUAUGAUAAGCUCGAGCUCGCUGAGUCAGCUGUUGGUAUCAGCAAGAGACACGAAGAACAGGCCCGCAAGGAACUCGAGCAAAAAUCAACAGAGUUGAAGCUCUUACGAGAAGAGGUUCGAGCAAGCGAGCGAGUGAUCAAGCAGUUGAGACAAGCCAAAAACGAGCUUGAAGAGUCUCUGAAGAAACAGCUUCAUCGUGAACGUCAAUUGGAGUCUUCUAUCAAACAAUUGGAGGAUCAGUUGCAGUAUUUGAACGACAACUAUGGUGAAAAGAAACACAAGAUUGGGGAACACAAGGAGGAGAUUCGUAUCUUGCGUCAGGAUAUCAAGUUCAAGGUGGAGAAGGAAACUGAGUUGAUCAAGGAUAAUCAAAGACUAAAGCUUCAAAAUGACGAAUUGGCCAGGAUCAAGAAGGAAGUGAUGGCAGAAAACGAAGAAGUCUCUGAGGAAAAUGAUCAAAUCUCGAGGGCAAACGAAGACUUAAAAGUUGAAAACGAAAACUUCAAGAACGAGAAAUUGGCUUUCGAAAGGAAGAUCGAUAACCACACAAAGCAGAUGAGCACGUUUAAACAACUCCUCGAAGACAAUGCUAAGGAGAUGGAGAAAUUAUAUGGAUUGAAUGGCCUGCUCGAGGAGACAAAGGCCCGGCUAGAAGAGGAAGUCGCAUCGUUGGAAGAUACCCUUAGAGAUACACGUGGGAACUUGGAGCUUGUGAGAGAGCAUCUUGGUGAAGUGGAGCAGGAAAAAAGCAAUUUGAAGGAAGAGCUUCGAACGGUGAAGGACCGCUGGGAUAACAGUGAUGGACAGUACAAGGAGGCCAAGACAGAGAUCUUGGUUAUGACACAAGAGAAUGAGAGUGUCAAGAAGGCCAACGAAGAGCUCAAACGGAAGAUUGGUGAACUUGAAGAUAAGCUUUAUUCUAAUGAGCAGCUCAAGUACUUGGAACAAAACGUCGGUAAACUCAACACGCAAGUGGACCGUUUGAAGCACGAGCUUGCCGAGGGCGAAUUACGAGAAGAGAAAUUGGAAAAGCAAAUUCGGACACUCGAGUUUGACAAUGAAAGCAAAACGGUCCAGAUGAAGCGCUACAACGACGAGAAUUUCAACUUCCAGAACAUGAUCAACCAGUACGAGAGCAAGGUUGAGUUCUUGCAUCAGGAGAACAGCGACAAGGAUCUUAAAAUCAAGGCACAGGCCAGAGAAGUUGCCGACUUACGCGAGAGGCUUCUAAUGUUUGAAAAGGAUCGUCUCAUGAGAGAGUGA